AUGUCACAUAGUAUUAGAGAAGAGUUCGAAAAGAUCGAACAAGAACGAGGUUGGUCCACGUUAUUUUAUAGAUUGGCCACAGAACACGGUAUACGAACAUUGGAAAAGAAAAAUGAUAUUGCACUGAUGAAUUCAAAUCGAGCAUUAAAUCGUUUUCGUGACGUUCUCCCAUAUGAUGAUACCCGUGUUCGUUUAAAAAAUGGUCCAACAGAUUAUAUAAAUGCAAGUCUUAUCAAUGUACCAUUAGCAAAACGACAUUAUAUAUUGACACAGGGACCAUUACCAACAACAUCUGAACACUUUUGGCAAAUGAUAUGGGAACAAAAUAGUUGUGUGAUAGUCAUGUUAACGAAAUUAAUAGAAAGAGGAUAUAAUAAAUGUUGGCUGUAUUAUCCAGAUUAUUCAAAUGAUUCAGAGUUGAUUUAUGAUCAAGUAGAUUUAAAGGUGACAUUUAUAUCAGAAAAACCUGGUCUAUUUUAUACACAAAGAAAAUUUGACUUAACGAAUAUGAGAACGGGUGAAGUUAGACCUAUUAUUCAUUGGCAUUAUACAGAUUGGCCGGAUCACGGUAACGCUUCUAUGUUUAACGAAGAAAAUGGAUGUUCUAGAUCUCUGAAUGUUUUGUUAGGUGCCCCUGAAUCAGCACAAACGUUUCUUGAAUUUUUAAUGAAAGUUCGACGUUCCGGCGCCUUUGAUCCACGCUACGGCGCACCCAUUCUCCAUUGUAGUGCGGGGAUAGGAAGAUCGGGAACAUUUGUUCUUGUUGAUUCUAUUCUUGUAAUGUUGGCUCAUACAGCUAAUCCUAAAGAAAUAUCUCUCACAGAAGUUUUGGCUCACAUUCGAUUACAACGACACGGUCUUAUUCAGACCUAUGAGCAAUUACGGUUUUCUUAUCUAGCAAUCAUAGAAGGUUAUAAAAUACUAGACGCUCUAGAAGCAUCACACGCACCAUUUCUCGACGAAUCAUAUGAAUUAUCAUCAAAUUCAGAAUCAUCGUCGGAAGAAGACGAUAAUUAUGAACAUAAAAGGCAACCGUUUUUUCGAGAAGAUAAUAUAAUGCGUUCCACUGCACUAUCAGACAAUUUAGAAGAUAUCAACACAGAAUUAAUACAUCGUCUAGAUUCAAAUGCAUCAAUUUACACACCAAUGACAUCAGCACCCGUGAGAAAUAAUUCAUUCACACUAUCAACAUUGAUCAGUGGUGAUAUGAAAUCCGAAUUACUCUUGACCAAUCAUCAUAAUAAUGGAGAAUCAUCGACCAUUACACCGUCAACAACAGAGCGCACGAAAACUGUCUCACCACUAGCGGAUGUUACUGCAAAUGAUACUAAUGAUGAUAAAACAUCAUUACGUUUACGAACAGAACGUUUGAAAAGAAACGAAAUUUUGGAUAAAAAAGUGCAAGAUAUAAAAGAAAAACUUCAAAACAAACAACAAUUAUCAAAACGUUUGACAAAUUCCAUUUUUGCAUUGUUCUCGUCAAAAAAGCGUCGACCAUUAUUAAUCUACGGUAUUGUUUCGCUAUUAACACUAACUGGUACGAUAUUUUUUUAUAAAUUUUAUUAUAAUGGUGGUAUAAUAAUGAGAAAAAAAUGA